AACACAGUUAUUUCGCCGAUUCCAAGAUGAGUGAACGGUCUUUUGUUGUCAAAUAUUUUUUAUAAUAAUAAAUAUUUAAUAUUAAUUUGCUUAAUAGGAAGAAUAGUCGUAUUUUUACCAGAAUUAAGUAGUGAAGAGUUCGGGUGUGAAGUUUUGUGUUAUUUUCGUUGAGUUAUCGAGGUUUCAAUCUUGUUUUGUGGUUUCAUUGUUUGGAAUCCUCUCGGCUCGGCAAGAAAGAGGUCUAGGCUCCAGAGUUUGUUCGCGUGAUGUCAUGACUACGGUGCUAUAAUCAAGAGACUGAUAACUUAAGAAGGGGAACACCUGGCAAGACUGACUGGCACCUAUGAUGACAUAGCCCGAAGAUGUCGAAGGUGCUGAGCGCGCUUGGUGGUGCGCUGCCAGAUGAGCGGCCCCUGCUGUCGUUGCAGAUCGUGGAGACGGUAGCCAAGUGUCCCACGGGGUACUGGCCCGUCAGCAGGACGUAUGAUGAAGACGCUGACGCUGGACUACUGCGCCAGAAUGGCUUGUUCGGCAAGAAACCAAGCCAUUACAUUUGUUUGUCCAAGUCCGAGGGUGUUCCUGGCUACGUGAUGGACGGUGUAGUGAUAGUAGGAGAGCGGGAGGCAGCUCCGCCCGGGUACAGCGUGGCGGGGCGCGCUGGCAAGCGGCGGCUGUGCACCCGCGUCUCCCGCCCUGCUGCAGCGCGCGCCUACCCGCCCGUGACGGACGUCAUCGUCUGCUCCAAGAUGAGGCAGGCGCCGCAGGGGUUCAUGCUAGCCGGUGAGAUAAACGGCAAGAUGGUGUGCUACAAAGUGAGCGGCGGCAGCGCGGACAACUCGCCCACACACAACGAGUACGAGAACGUGGUCACUAACAUCACGCCUGAAGCCAAUAGGAGAUUACGAGUACCAGAGCGGCCACCGAAGCUGUCGCCUCUAGUCUCCGAGCUGAACAACCUGAAUCUCAAGCAGUCGCCGACCGCAUACCCUAACAUCGAGGAGUUCACGACGGACCAUGACUACGAAGCCCUAAGUCCCUCGUACAAUAUUAAACCAAGCCGGCCGGCGCCCCGGCCUCCCUCAGCGAAGUCCCCGAUCCCGCACGGGAGCCCCGCCGGUCCGACGUCGCCCGUAGCACAUGGUCGCAAGAAGGGACCCGCGCCCCUACCAAGAAACACCAUCUACCAGACUUUGGGAGGCUACAACGGGAUGGAAGGAGUGCCAUUUUUAUUGAACCCCAAACUGAGAGGGUUGCCUAGUGAUCACGUGACACAAUUGCCCGUUAUAAAGCGGCGCACGCGCUUCGAUCUCGACCGUGAAUACACCUACAAUUUCAGCGUGGAGCGACAGACGUGAGACGAAGCGAAACAAACCAUAUUGCCAUAUGCAUAAGGUAUAUUUUACUUGUUCUACGUAGAUAUCAAAUGACCUUACCCUGCGUAUAGCGAUUGAGAACAUUGAAUGUAAUAGACAUCACUAUAAAACUAAGUCACUUCUACCUGUUGAAAGAUAUUUCGCGAAUUUUCUAGAAAACGCUCAACGAAUGUAUCAAUAUUAAUAGAAAUGUUUGUCCUGCAAUUAGUUUAAAGUGUUCGUACGUGUUCAUCCCUCAAUCCCAUAGGCCAUAGAUAGUUGCCAAUGUGUAGUUAAACACAUAAGUUGUUAAAGUUUAUUAUGGAGUUUCCAUAUUGCUUGAAAUGAGAUCUGCUUUGUCUGUAAGUAGACUCCUGUUUCAAUGUUAAUAUCUUCUUCGAGAAAAGUAAUAUUAAGGACAAAAUAUAGCACCCCAUCCCAAUAUCAUAGAUUAUUACGUUUGAAGUUUGACAGGACAAUGAACUCCUUGACAGAUAUUUAACAAUGUUGCCAGCACAUAAAAAAUAAUGUUUCCACGGUAGAAUUUAAAUCUUGUAAAUCAUGACAUUAUAAAUUGGUUGUGUUUGUAAAUGUAACGUUUUCGAGUUAGUCGGCUCAACGUUAGGACUGACGAAUUUGAUUAUAAUUAUGAUUAUAGCGAUUCGUUCACAUAUCCUUUUUGUAUAUUGUAAAUGUGAUGGCUGGGAUGUAGGAGACUGGAUAUUCAAUACAAAGUUAUAAAAAUAUUGACAAAACCUGCAAAUUGUUUUUAUUGCUACAACAUUUGCUCAAACUGACUAAUCAGUCUAGAAUGUUACAGUUUAUAUAACACCUGAAUUGGUACUUACAACAAAGACUAUGUUUUCUUAGCGAAUACAACAUAAUCGAAGUAUGUAUUUGUAUUUAAACAAAGUAUGAGUAUCCAUUGUCUCCUGUUUCCUAGCAUUUAGCGUGUUGACCCUGAGGCCUUGAUCGCGUGUCGAUGUUUAGUCAUAGACUUAUAGAGCUCUAGCACGGAACAAUGAACAUGCCAAGCAAAUGCGAAGUAAGUAGAAGACAAUUUAACUAAACAACACUCCUCAGACUAAUUGGCUCAAAAAUACAACACAAAGUAACUUCUAUAUAAACUGUGCUAGAGCUCUUUAUUGAUUGUCGUGUGUCAAUAAACGAUGUACGAUGAUGUGGAAGCGAUGAGAGUGAAUUUGUAAAAAAUAUUAUUAUUAUUCUUUAAUUUCAUAAAGGACAAAAUAUUGUUUAUAUGUAGAAAACAUUUAUUGGUCAAAGAUUACAAUUAAAUGACUGAAAAUUUGCACACAUUAAAAUUGUAAAAAGGAAAGGUUUCGUGUAAAGAUUUUAGGGAAUUAUUAAUUGAUGUAAUAAUCGUAGUGGUACUUGGAAAUUAGUUUAAAAUGUAUGGUGCGAUCCUCUUUAACGUCAUCCUUAUAUACAUAGGCACCGGCAGCAAGAUGCAAGGGCUGAUCUUGCACCACCCUGACAAGAGAAAAAUACUUUAUUUUUUUUCCAAGAUGUAUCAAUACGGUACUAAGAUAAAACGCAUGUCCUUUGUCUAAAGCUCCUACAUAUAUAGACUUACUGCAGUCAAGUGCCCGGCAUAGGAAAUGCAAGUUACAUUUUAAAAUUGAUUUAUAGCUACAUAGAAUUACUCGAUAUAUAUAUCUGUCGGAGAAAUGAAACAAAUAUCAAUGAAAUAUAGAAGUAUGUAAGUAAAUAGUGAUUGAUAGCUUAGGACCGACUUUAUCCUGACCUAUUUGUAUCGUGUUAUUAGAUUAUAAAAUAUGCCCUAUGUCGUUACAGCACGUAACUGUGUGAGCCAGUGUCUAUCAAUGAAGCUGUACUUACAGUGUUCAAACCGACUUGUUACAUAAUGUUCUCAUUAUGUUCCCCGUAGUGUAAAGAUGUUCACCUUGUUAGUAGGUUCUCAGUGUUAACGAAUGGUAACUAUUUACAAAGUAGCGUGUAAUGAAAUGUGCCAAUGCCAGUACAAAGUGUAGGUCUGGCUCCGGCUCCGCCAGCCAACGACUAGUCAAACAGAACGAAUUUGAUUUACUUGCACCACUUUAUCGACUGACACCAAACCAUACGCUCACUUGUGUAUACAAUUUUUAUGGCACUCUCAGGUCUAUAUUUAGACAAUAUUCAUUUUGUAUCACUUUCCCCAGGUAUUGUCAGCUUACACGUUUAAGUUGUUUAGACAAUAACCCGGGUGGAAUAAGUAAACACGGUUAUGAAAAGUUGUGAAUGAUUUAUAAGAUCCUUACUUUAGUGUAAUUUAGUUAUUCAUAUUCAACAAUGUAUUGUUUUUGAUAUAUUGCAUGUAUUGAGUUACUUCCGAUUGUUAAUACAGGUAAAUAUAUUACGACAUUUAUGUGAAUUAGGAAAUAUUUAUUAUGUCGAAGGACUAUGUAAGUGGUACUUGAUUUUCCUCGUGUCUAAUCUAAAGUAGCACAUGUAUUGUCCUGAGGAAAUAACCGGUGCGAGAGACACGCGCGUACGCAAGCACUGUGUGUGAGAUGUGUAACAUGAGUUACGUACCCUGUGGGGUUAAUGUCCUAGGUUUAAGCUCAUUGCCCAGCCUGCACUGCCUGGUCCCUCACAGCAGAGGAGCCGCGCAGUGCCGGUGCGCGAUGGUGGUAACAUACGGUCCAGUUUGCACUAUUGUUUGUCAAUUUGUUGUACAUAUCUUAGCGUAUUGUGUUCGCACGACUGUUAUUUAUUAACUCGAUAAAAAGCUUUACUUGCUUUAUAAUAAAAUCCGUUAAUUUGACUACCCAUUGAUAGCCUGUAAAGAGAUUCUGUAAUGCAAUUUUAAAGUAAAUAUUAGACCUGUUUCUAGUUGAACUUGUUAUAGAUUGGAGAUGACAGAAUAGUAUUGUUUUUGUCUCAAAUCCUAUUUGUUUUACUCAAAUAUUUAUUAGUGAUAUUGUAAAUAAUUUAUGUAUAAUGCAAUUAGAAAAUUAGUACGCUUUUUUACACAUUAGAAAUGUAUUUCAUCUGAUAAUUUGUUUAGAAUGACUAUGAAGAAAUAAAAAUUAAAUUAUUGACUGAUUA